UAAGUUGGAACAAUCCACGUGAGAAAAGAUAGCGUCCAAGUCAGAGUAAACCGCACAUUACCGCCCUCGAUUUUGAACGCGUUACUUACCAAUAACUAUCAUUCUCUUCUUCUUAUUUUUAUUUGAUAAGCUUCUCUCAUCUCAUUCAUCUUCAUCCGAAUCAUCGAACCAAAUCCUUCGUCUCGAGUUUCGAGCUUUCUUCUAUGUGCCAUCUCCUCAGAUGGCGGCGUCAUCUCUCAGAAUCGCGUGCGGCGGAAGCAACCGCGAAAUCGGAAUGCAGAAGAGGUGCAAUUGCAAUCUCACCCGCGCAUUACCGCCUUCUUUAAUCGUGGUUGGCGGGAAGAAUCCCCGAUCGGUGGUGAGGAAGGGGAGGUUAUCGGCGGCGACGGUGAGGGUGAGGGGACAGGGGAGCCUUGUGAGCUCGAGGAAGCGGGAGAGAGGUGCGAAGGAUGCGGUUGAGGCGCAGGAGAGGUUGGAUCGGUGGAUGAGGGAUUCGGUGGGGGAGAUUGUGAAGAAUUUGAGGGAGGCGCCGUUGCUGGUGCAGGUUUUCUCUGAGAGGGCGCCGGUGGCGAUGGAGAAGAAGGUGGUGGUGGAGGAUUGGGCGGCGGUGAAGGAGAGGUGGGAGGCCGGUGAGGCGCCGAUGCCGGAGGGGGUUAUAUUCGUGGAGGAGUUGGAUGAGGAGGAGGCGGCGGCGUCGACGGAGAGGACGACGAGGGUGUGGGGGGUUGUGGUUCAAGGGAAAGGUGUUGGGUCCGGUCCGGUUUGUUAUUUACUGAAGACGAGCCAGGCCGGGUCUGGACCCGGUCCAGGAAUGGGUAUAUUGUCGACCCACUUUUGUUUGAUUCGAGUGAAGAGUUUCAGGGAAAGCGCACGAUCGCAGUUGAAGAAUUGUUGGUUGUUGCAGAGUCAAUGGCAACAACACUAGUGAUGAUCAUGUUGCUGAUUGUUUAGAGAUAUAUUAAUUUUUGUACAGAUUUCUUGAAAAAAAUAUUAAUUAUUUCUCCACUGUAAUUGUAGCAAAUUGUGGAUCUGCAAUGUAUAGAGUGAUCAAUUUUAUCAAA